AUGGGCCUGUGGUUGGAUGCGGCUGCAUCGGAUCAGAAACGAAGAUGUCGGCCAAGAGGCCCCAGUUCAGCUGAAGAUGAGAGAGCAGCGCCUGCGAUGGUUCGAGAAUGUACUAAGAAGACCUUAGAGCCAUUCAACAAGGGAGGCAAUGGAGUCAUGGAGUCUGAGGGUCAAGGGAAGCGAUCACUAGAGGCUUCAAAGAAGAGGUGGCGCGACGUGAUCAAAAUGGACCUCGCUGAAGCUGAGGUAACGUCAAAAGAUGUCGUUAAUAGAAAGAAAGACAGCUGA